GAGUCCCGGCUGGCCCGGGGGUCACCUGCCCCCCAUCCCACAGAGACCCCCCGGCAAGACAGAGGUCUGUGAGCAGCCCAUCAGCCCCUACAGCGAGACCAUCUUUGGGCAUGUAGCCCCAUCCCAGGAGGAGAAGGGUGUUGGCGCCUCCUCCGACCAGAGCUACAAGGCAGUGUCCGAGCUGGACCCGGAGCGAGAAGCGUGCAGGACAAGCAGCGAGUGCAGCAGCGAGGGAAGGAGCGAGGACGAGGAGACCCGGUCCCGGCUUAUCAACUGCAUCAUCCAGAACGACACAGAGGGCUACUCCACCGUGGAGGCACCACAGGCUGAGGGCACCCCAUUCAGCCUGCCAGCCCAUCUCUACCCCGACGAGGUCCUGGAUGACCUCACCAUCUCCCCUUACGCCAGCUUCACAUCACUCUCCGAGCCCCGACCCACCAUGCUCAGUGGCUGGCUGGACAAGCUCUCCCCACAGGGGAACUAUGUCUUCCAGAGGCGCUACGUCCGCUUCGACGGGAAGAACCUGAUGUACUUCAGCAGUGAGAAGGAGCCUUACCCCAAGGGGGUGAUCCCGCUGUCUGUGAUUGAGAUGGCUCGCUCCACCAAGGACAACAAGUUCCAGGUCUUCACCAGCCACCGGAUAUUCGUCUUCCGUGCUGAGAAUGAGGCCCAGAGGAAUGAGUGGUGCUCCACGCUGCAGAAGAAAGUGACGGACCAGCGCCUGCUGGGGUCCCGACCCCGGCCCGCCAACAGCGCUCACUGCCAGAAGUCGGGCACCCUGGAGCUGAAGGGCCAGAAGUCCAAGGUGUUCGCAGCCCUGAGCCUGCCCGAGAUGUGGCUGUACAAAAGCGAGCAGUUCUUUAAAAUGGGCAUUGGCAUCUGCUUCAUUGAGAUGCGUGGCUCCACCAUCCGCGAAGCCAAGAACCGCAGCUUUGAGCUCAUCACCCCCUUCAAAAUAUUCAGCUUUGUGGCGGAGUCAGAGCGGGAGAAGCGGGAGUGGAUGGAGGCCCUGCAGGAGGCCAUAGCUGAGAUGCUCUAUGACUACGAGGUGGCAGAGAAGAUCUGGUCCAACAAAGCCAACAAAUACUGUGCGGACUGCUGGGCUUCGAGUCCCGACUGGGCGUCCAUCAACCUGUGCGUGGUCAUCUGCAAGCAGUGUGCAGGGCAGCACCGCAGCCUGGGCUCCAACGUUUCCAAGGUACAAAGCCUGAAGCUUGACACCAGCGUCUGGUCCAACGAAAUCGUACAGCUCUUCAUCAUGCUGGGAAAUGACCGAGCCAACCGCUUUUGGGCCGCUCACCUCCCAGCAGCUGAGGCCCUCUACCCAGAUGCCAGUGCCGAGCAGAGACGGGAUUUCAUCUCCCGCAAGUACCGAGAGGGACGGUAUCGCCUGUCCCAUCCCCGCUAUGCCACUCAGGAGGACGUGCUCCAGGCGCUGUGCACUGCAGUGGCAGGACCAGCCCUGCUCAAGACCGUCCUGCAGUUCUUCUCGUUCUCGGAGGCUGGGCUGGCGGCUGAACCUGCUGCCUGCGAAAUGGCCCCCGGGGCUGACCUUUGGUGGGGACCGGAGAGUAAAAGGCCCAGGAACCAUUCAGGGAGCCCCUGUGCGCAGGAACCAGGUUCAGAAGGUGUCUACAACGAGAUUACGCAGCCAGUGAUGCACAGUGGGUACCUGUUCCGGGCUACGGCACCCCCCAAGCUCCCAAGCACCAAGAAGAGCAAAGAGGACUUCCAGCGCACGUGGUGCUCCCUGGAGAGAGACCUGCUUUUCUACGAGACGGAGAAAUGCACUGAGCCCCUUGGCCACAUUGAGAGUGGGGACCUCAUCUCCCUGGGCGUAAGCAGAGCCCAGGCGCUCGCCAGCCCUGGCCCCACCGAAAGGUUUCGCUUCACCCUCGAGCUCUUCCUCACUGGGGAAAAAGUGCAGCAGCUGGGAACCGAUGGGCCUGAGACGCUGCAAGCCUGGGCCAGCGCCAUCGGCAAGUGGUUCACACCCGUGAGCUGUCACUGCCUGCUGGGCUACGAGUUCCAGCGUGUGGGCCAGCUGCGCUACAAGUGCAUGCUCAACCCCGAGCGGUGGCAGCAGGCCUUCUUCAUCCUGCAGAAAGCCCACCUCUUCAUCUGCCCCACCGAGGAUGAUGGGACUGAGGACAGCAUCAACCUCCGGCGGCUGCAGGAGCUCAGUCUGGUUCCCCCCACGGAGACCGCAGAGAAGAAGGAGCUGCUGAUCCUGGUGGAGAUGGGGAGGACAUUUUACCUGCAGGGCUUGUCGCGGGCAGACUCAGCGGCAUGGUACACCGACAUCCAGGCAUCAGCGGGGGGCCGGGGUAACGCGCUGCGGGACCAGCAGCUGAGCCGGGGGGAUAUCCCCAUCAUCGUGGACAGCUGCAUCGCCUUCAUCACGCAGUACGGUCUGCGGCAUGAGGGUAUAUACCGCAAGAAUGGAGCCAAGUCCCGGAUCAAGGUACUGAUGGAGGAGUUUCGGCGGGAUGCCCGCAAUGUCAAGCUGCGUAUCAGUGACAACUUCAUCGAGGAUGUCACCGACGUGCUGAAGAGGUUCUUCCGUGAGCUGGAAGACCCCGUUUUCACUCUGGAGCUGCACCCACAGUGGAAGGAGGCUGCAGAAAUCUCCUCAAAGCCCCAGCGCCUGGAGCGGUACAAGGAGCUCAUUCGUCGCCUGCCUCGCCUCAACCACAAGACCCUGGCUGCACUCAUUGGGCACCUCUACCGGGUGCAGAAAUGCGCGGACCUGAACCAGAUGAGCACCAAGAACCUAUCGCUGCUCUUUGCACCCAGUCUCUUCCAGACCGAUGGCAAAGGGGAGCAUGAAGUCAAGGUGAUGGAAGACCUCAUUGACAACUACGUCAGCAUCUUCAACAUUGAUGAGGACCAGGUAUCCCAGAUGGAUCUGGAGAACAGUCUGAUCACCACCUGGAAGGACACCCAGCUCUCACAGGCUGGGGACCUCAUCAUCGAGGUUUACCUGGAGCAGAAGCUGCCGGACUGCUGCGUGACCCUGAAGGUGUCCCCCACAAUGACAGCGGAGGAACUCACCAACCACGUGCUGGAGAUGCGCAACGUGGCUGCCAGCCUGGACAUCUGGCUGACCUUCGAGGCCCUGGAGAACGGGGAGCUGG